UGACUUAUUUUUGACUUUUCAGCUACUUUCCGACCACAAAUGGUUAACUUGAGAAGCCUAUAAGUUAUAUACCAUUGAUGUUAGUUAUAAGCAAACACCUGUGGUAUUUCUGGACACUGUAGCAAUAUCAAUUCGAUUCUUUUUAGAAUCUUCGAAUGUUCGAGCGCGUUCGCGAAUGGUAUUCUUUCAACAGUUUUCAUUACAAAAAGAUAGCUAACACCAGUAAUGGACGUGCUCGUGUUACCCGCCUUGAAAUGUAUACCUCUACUGUCGCUACUUUGGAGAAUGUGAUCUUUCUGAUCCCUACGAGCCAUGCCGCUCUACCGUUCCCGCAGUUGCAGUGCACCCGGGCAACCACGAGCAAAACGAGGAGCUGUAGAGAUAAACGAAGAAGGUUCGAAGAAACGACAACGGAAAGAAAACCAAUGUGCCAUUCAUUGUACUGACGAAACGACAAGUCUAGCCUCCUUAAAAGAUCUUGACUCAUGGAAAACGCUCCUCAAUGCAGCUGUUAUUCGAAACCAUAAGGGCAUUCUUGAUAUCGCAAAAACUGUGAAGGAAGGAGAACUACCACAAAUUUCGUAUCACAGGAAAUGUCGCAGCAUUUUCACGUUGAAGAGGGAUCUUGAAAAGCUUUCACAAACUCCCAUCAAAGUCGAAGAACAGGAUAGCAAAGCUAGCCCUAGAUCGUCUCCACGACAACCCACAACCCCUCAAGGUAGAGUCUACCAGCGGAUUUGUGUAUUUUGCGAAAAGUCGAAAUACCUGAAAGGAACGAAAACUAGAGAGGCACUUAUUCAGUGUGUUGAUUUACGUGCCGACCACACGAUCAGAAGAGCCGCUGUUAGUAAAAAUGACCCCAGAAUACUUGCUAUCGUUACGAGAGAGCUUGUUGCGGCAGAGGCAUGCUAUCAUAAAACUUGCUACCGAGACUACACUCGUGACGUUCAGGAUCAAACAGGUGUUGGGAAGAACGCAGAAGACGAGCACCUUGAUUGUUCCAACGCAGAGUCGCAAGCGUUUAUGAUACUGUAUGACUACAUCAGAUCUGAUCUGCUGCAGAAUCCAAAGAUAGUCAGCAUGACGCAGUUGUAUAUGAAAUUCGCAUCAUUUGUCAAUUCGCAAGGGGUAAAGGAAGUCAAAGAUUCCACGAGGACACACUUCAGGAGAAAACUUGAAGCAGAAUUCCAUGACACGUUAGACUUUGAAGAGCUCUUUGGCAAUAACAAAGUUUUUGUUAUCCCGCGAAGUCUCUCCAGGCUGGAUCUAGCCAGGUUUGCUGCAGACAAGUGCAACACGGAUGAAGAACAUCGAAAACCGCGCUCCGCUUACGGGAAGCAAUCCAGGGACAAGAGAGCAAAGUGUCAUGGCCGCCUAAACCUUGUGAACUGACAGAACAUGCUGUGAGCAU